AUGGAAUAUGAUCGAAACACCGGAUUAGAUGAAAAAGAAGAAAUAACAAUGAUGGAAUUGAAAGCUUCCAUUGGGCUAUUAUUGCUUGCUGGUUUAUUAGGAAGAUCAAAAGGAAAUUUACGAUCCUUAUGGAGAACAAGUCCUUUGGAAUCUCCAAUAUUCAAAGCUACUAUUUCAAAAAGCCGUUUUGACAAAAUUAUGUCGUGUCUAAGAUUUGAUGAUAAAAGAACAAGAGAAGAGAGAAAACAAGCAGAUAAAUUUGCAGCAAUUCGUGAAAUUUGGUCAGAUUUUCAAGAUAAAUUAAAAACCUGUUAUACACCAGGACUUGAUCUAGCCAUCGAUGAACAAAUAUUAGGAUAUCGGGGAAAACGUCCAUUUCGUCAAUUUAUCCCUAAGAAGCCUGACAAAUACGGAUUAAAGUUCUGGCUAUGUGUUGAUGCAGAAUCGUAUUAUGUAUUGAAUGCAUUUCCUUACAUUGGACGACAACCAGGUCAAGAAAAACAAAAACACAUAGGCGAAAGUGUAGUUUUAGAAUUGCUCAAGUCAUUUUAUGAUUCAAACAGAAACGUUACAAUGGAUAAUUUCUUUACAAGUGUUCCAUUGGCGAAAAAUCUUCAAACGAAGAAUCUUACUCUUAUAGGAACAUUACGAAAAAAUAAAUCAGAAAUACCUAUGGAAUUUCUAUCAAAUAAGUCUCGUGA